CCAACACCUAGUGUAAGCGUGGCUGUGUAUCGAGUGAAAACCUCGAGAGCUGUCCGUUGAAGUUUUUAACCAAAUUUUAUAAAAUUUAGUUUUAGUGUAAGCACAUACGCAACAUGGCGCGUGUGUUGCCAAUUUUAUCUACAUUUUUGCUGUGCUGUGCGCUGGUAUCCUGCCAGGACUCCAGAGACAAACUCGAAGGUGUCGAUGUUGAGGAAGUGUGUGCCGACAGACCCGCCGAUGAGUACUUCCGUUUAGAUACCGAAGGCGAUUGUCGUGAAGUUUACAGAUGUGACAGAGGCGAAACUGGCAAUACACGCUUAGCCAACAUAAAAUGCGCUGGCGGCCUGGCGUUCGAUAUCACACGACAGACAUGCGAUUGGAAAUCGAAUGUCAAGAAUUGUGAUCAAAUUGAGAAGCCACGCAAGGUUAAACCCAUAUUGAAGACUGAUGAGCCCAUAUGCCCGGAGGGUAAACUCUCUUGCGGUGAUGGUGAGUGUCUCGACAAAGAGCUGUUCUGUAACGGCAAACCCGACUGCAAGGAUGAGUCUGACGAGAAUGCUUGCUCCGUCGAUGAUGAUCCAAACCGCGCACCCGAAUGCGAUCCCACACAAUGUGCACUGCCCGAUUGUUUCUGUUCAGCCGAUGGUACACGCAUACCCGGCGCCAUUGAACCCACACAAGUGCCACAGAUGAUCACGAUCACCUUCAACGGUGCUGUGAAUGUGGAUAAUAUUGAUUUGUAUGAGGAUAUCUUCAAUGGUCAACGUCAGAAUCCAAAUGGUUGCUCCAUCAAGGGUACCUUCUUCGUUUCGCACAAAUACACCAACUACUCGGCUGUGCAGGAUUUGCAUCGUCGCGGUCACGAGAUCUCGGUCUUCUCUCUAACACACAAAGAUGAUCCAAACUACUGGACUAGCGGUUCAUACGAUGAUUGGCUCGCUGAAAUGGCUGGCUCACGUUUGAUUAUUGAACGUUUUGCGAAUAUUACUGAUGGUUCGAUUAUCGGUAUGCGCGCCCCUUACUUGCGUGUAGGUGGUAAUAAACAAUUCGAAAUGAUGGCUGAUCAAUUCUUCGUUUAUGAUGCUUCAAUCACCGCCUCGUUGGGACGUGUGCCCAUCUGGCCGUAUACACUGUACUUCCGCAUGCCACACAAGUGCAAUGGCAAUGCACACAACUGUCCAUCACGUAGCCAUCCAGUGUGGGAAAUGGUUAUGAAUGAAUUGGAUCGUCGUGAUGACCCAACCUUCGAUGAAUCCCUGCCCGGUUGUCAUAUGGUUGAUUCGUGCUCAAACGUUGCAUCUGGCGAUCAGUUCGCACGUCUGUUGCGUCACAAUUUCAAUCGUCACUACAAUAGCAACCGUGCGCCAUUGGGUCUACACUUCCACGCUUCGUGGUUGAAGUCAAAGAAGGAGUAUCGUGAUGAGUUGAUCAAAUUCAUCGAAGAGAUGCUUACACGUAAUGACGUAUUCUUCGUUACCAAUCUGCAAGUGAUUCAAUGGAUGCAGAAUCCAACUGAACUCAAUUCGUUGCGUGAUUUCCAAGAGUGGAAGGAGAAGUGUGACGUUAAGGGUCAACCCUACUGUUCGUUGCCAAAUGCGUGUCCACUGACGACGAGAGAGCUGCCUGGUGAGACUUUGCGUCUCUUCACCUGUAUGGAGUGCCCGAACAACUAUCCAUGGAUAUUGGAUCCCACAGGCGAUGGUUUCUCAGUUUAAGUUCGUUAGUAGAUUAGAAAAGAAUACACACACACACACCACACACACACACACGCCCACACUCACUCACUCACACAUACACACAAGUUGUAGAGAGGAGAAGAAGAAGAAGAAAAUUUUAGUAAUUUAUACUUAAGCCCGGAAGGAGUUUGACAAAUUCUACUUUAUUACCUUUAUUUGUAACUUAAUAAUUUGCAACUCGUAGUAGUUCCACCGAGAGUCUGAUCUAUUAAACAAAAAAGAAGAAGAAGAAAACUAAAUUUAAAGUGUAAUUUUUGUAUGCAAAAUGCUUAACGAGCGAUUGUUACCGUGGAAAAUACUCAUAACUGUUAAAAAAAAAAAA